AUGGCUUCCACCGAGGGUAUAGUACCAAUAACCAGGGCUUUUCUGGCUUCCUAUUACGACACAUACCAAUUCUCCCCUCUCUCAAACGACGUCGCUCGCCUUUCCUCUGAGAUUCGCUCUUUCACCGCCAAUUUGCUUAACAGCUCUCCGGCUGCUGAAGGCGAGGAGCGAUUACUAGUGAGUGAGUUAGAGAGUGAACCGCCCCAUAAAGUUGACGAGAACAUGUGGAAGAAUCGAGAACAUAUGGAGGAGAUACUGUAUUUACUUGAAAAGCCUCAUUGGCCUCGAUCGCUUCAACAGCAGUUAAGUCCUGAUGAUGCUGAACUUGCUACUAUUAUCGAUCGUCUCCACCAAAAGUUUCAAACCAGUUUGAAGACAUUGGAGUCUUUCCAAGCUAAAAAUUCUGAACGUGUCUUCAACACAGUUAUGACUUACAUUCCCCAAGAUUUUCGGGGAAAGCUCAUCAGACAACAGAGGGAACGUUCAGAGAGGAAUAAGCAAGCAGAGGUUGAUGCUUUGGUUAGUUCUGGAGCAUCUAUACGUGAUCGUUAUGCUCUCUUGUGGAAACAACAGAUGGAGAGGAGGAGACUUUUAGCGCAGCUUGGUUCUGCUACUGGUGUCUACAAAACCCUUGUCAAGUACUUGGUUGGGGUUCCACAGGUUCUACUAGAUUUUAUUCGCCAAAUAAAUGAUGAUGAUGGGCCCAUGGAAGAACAACGACAACGUUAUGGACCACCUUUAUACAGACUUACAACUAUGGUGCUUCUUAUAAGAGUCUUUAUUUCGCUGUCUUGGGGGCGUUUUGAGACUAGAAAAUUAAAGAAAGAAGAGGUAGCUGUAUUGGAACAAGCUGCUGAUGUCUACACCACUGAGUUUGAAAGGUUUAUAACGUUUAUCAGCGAGGUCUUUGCAAAUUCCCCCUUUUUUAUCUCAGCAGAGGUUGCCGGUGCAUUAGAAGGAAGGAAUAAUGAUGAUUACAAAGAGAUAAGUGUUCCGGCUGGGAAAACUCAUGAGGUUUCAUUGUCUGUGGACGCGAUAAAUUCAUACAUUGCUUGGGAUUUUUCGCUUGUGCAAGGGAAGAUAAACUUGGAUAUUGGGUUUAGUGUCGAGUAUACAAAUCCUUCUGGAGAAAAAUCUCUCAUUUUACCUUACCGACGCUUCGAGUCUGACCAAGGAAACUUUUGCACAUGCGAGGUUGGAAACUAUAAACUGCUUUGGGACAAUUCAUAUUCAAGUUUCUUUAAGAAGGCGCUGCGCUACAAGGUAGAUUGCAUACCUCCAGUUGCUGAGCCAGUGGCACCCGCGACUGAAGCUAAAGAAUGA